CGAUCUAUACUCUUACAAGCCUGUAAACUGUUCUAGACUUCCAGCUGCUUUUCUUUCUUUUCUUUUCCGUUAAUAGUUAUUCGAGACUUUCGAGUUAGCACCAAACUCAAACUAACUGUAGAUUUCAAAUCAAGGUGUAGAACUGAAAUUCCAUCUGAGAUACUUCCCCCAUCAGACAAACGAAUUUUUGCUUUAAAAGAAAAUGGCUGCCUUAAUCAAUCUAGAGGAUUCGCCAAUGUUUCAAAAAGAGAUCUGGCAGGUCAAUGAGGUUCUCCACUGCCGAACCGUAAAAAAAAUAUUGUGUCAAUACUCCAUCAAGGAGUUGAAUAAAUUGCUGGAUUCUUCAGAAAUCUUUCAUUUAUAAAACCAUUUCUUGGAACCUGGUCAGGACGUGGAGCGAUGAAAGAAUUCUGGAUAGACUGAAACUAAGGUUAUGUAUUAGGAUUUUGGCUUCAGAAAGAUUUUUAGUUUGGACUACUUUUAGAGUACUUUUUUGGAGAGGAUGUUACAACUUCUAAGAACAAAUUCCAGAUAUGUUCGCUAGAGCAGAUAUCCGAGGAGAUGAAUGAUCGCUGCCAAAGACUGUACAAAGGGUGCAAGAGUUUUAUGGCAGCUCUUGGAGACGCAUGUAAUGCAGACACCACUUUUGCCGAAUCUUUGGAAGCAUUUGGUGGUGGACAUGAUGACCCAGUUAGCGUAUCAAUAGGAGGUCCUGUCAUAUCCAAGUUUAUAAAUGCAUUUCGUGAACUUGCUACCUAUAAAGAGCUUCUUCGUUCUCAGGUAGAGCAUGUGCUAAUUGAUCGAUUGGUGCACUUUAUGGAUGUUGAUCUACAAAAUGCUAAGGAAUCUCGCAAACGCUAUGACAAAGCUAUCCAUGCUUAUGAUCAGUCACGUGAAAAGUUUGUAUCUUUGAAGAAAAAUACUCGUGGAAACAUUAUUGAAGAAUUAGAAGAGGAUAUGCAGAACUCAAAGUCAGCAUUUGAGCGAAGCCGCUUUAAUCUAGUUAGCGCGCUAGUGAAUAUUGAAGCAAAAAAGAAAUACGAGUUCUUGGAAUCUAUAAGUGCAAUUAUGGAUGCUCAUCUCAGAUAUUUUAAGCUGGGGUAUGAACUAUUAAGCCAAAUGGAGCCAUUUAUUCACCAGGUAUUAACAUAUGCUCAGCAAUCAAAAGAACUAGCGAAUAGUGAACAAGAUAAACUUGCAAAAAGGAUUCAGGAGUUCAGGACCCAAGCUGAGUUCAACAGUAUUCAUGCUUCUAGUAAUAUAGAACCUUCAACAAGUGCGGAUGGCAUUCAUGUUGUUGGCAUGAGCUCUUUUAAAAACAUAGAAGCAAUUAUGCAUUCCACUGCAAAAGGGGAAGUCCUGAUCAUCAAACAAGGAUAUCUACUAAAGCGGUCUUCUCGUUUGAGGGGAGAUUGGAAGAGGAGGUUCUUUGUACUAGACAGUCAAGGGACUUUGUACUAUUACAGAAAUAAGGCUACCAGGCCUGUGGGCUUCCAACAUCGCUCAACUGCCUCAAUUGAACACAAUAGUAGUGUGUUUGCUAGAUUUCGUUCGAGGCAUAACCGGGCAUCAUCACUUGGUGAAGGAAGUCUAGCAUGCCGAAUUAUUGAUCUUCGCACUUCAACAAUAAAGAUGGAAGCAGAGGACACAGAUUUGCGACUGUGUUUCAGAGUUAUUUCCCCAUUGAAAACAUACACAUUGCAGGCUGAAAAUGAAACAGAUAGAAUGGACUGGGUAAACAAAAUUACAGGAGUAAUUGCAUCUCUUUUGAAGGCUCAUUUCAUGCAACAGCCAUAUCCAGGAAUGAAACAUCCGGAAUGCAAUGAUUAUACAAGUGGUACUACAUGUGUGGUUCAACAACUAGAUGGUCAUCAACGUUUAGGGGAUGACUUGAAAGUUAAUAGGGCUGAUUGUGUUUCUUCGGUGCUCAGAAAAAUUCCUGGUAAUGAUCUUUGUGCUGAAUGCAGUGCUCCUGAACCUGAUUGGGCAUCUCUUAAUCUUGGAAUAUUGGUUUGCAUUGAGUGCUCUGGUGUUCAUCGGAAUCUAGGCGUUCAUAUCUCAAAGGUGAGAUCUCUAACAUUAGAUGUCAAGGUUUGGGAACCUACAGUUCUAGACUUAUUCCACGCCCUUGGUAAUGCUUAUUGUAAUUCUAUAUGGGAAGGGUUGCUUAUGCUAAGGAACGAAAGAGUGGAUGAACCAAGUGCUUUUGCAUCAUCAAUUGAAAAACCAUGUCCGAAGGAUGUUAUAUUCUGUAAAGAGAAAUAUAUUCAAGCUAAGUAUGUGGAAAAAUUGCUAGUCAUCGGAGAAGCAAGUGUAUCUGGCAGCUUUUCUCAUGCCUCGGGUAUCUGGCAAGCUGUCAAGACAAACAAUUUGCGAGAAGUAUAUCGCUAUAUUGUGAUUUCAGACAUAAACAUUGUUAAUACCACCUUUGAUGAAGUUGUUGGCAUUGAAUCACUUCACCAUGUCAGUGAUACCCAAGAUUCCCAGUUCAACUCUCAUACAUCAGAAAGGAAACAACAUGAUCCAGCAACCUGUCCGAGAAUCAAGGAUUCCAAAGAUCCAGAGAAUUGUCUUCAAGGUUGUUCACUGUUGCAUCUAGCAUGUCACUAUGGCAACCCAGUAAUGCUUGAACUGUUGCUUCAGUUUGGUGCCGAUGUGAAUUUGCGUGACUUCCAUCAUAGAACUCCUUUGCACCAUUGCAUUUCCAAAGGGAAUUAUCCAUUGGCAAAGUUUCUGCUUCGCAGAGGUGCAUCCCCUUCGGUGAGAGAUGGCGGGGGUCUAAGUGUACUAGAAAGGGCAAUGGAGAUGGGAGCAAUAACUGAUGAGGAAUUAUUUGUCAUGCUAGCUGAAUGCUAAUUAAUUAGUGAACUCAUUUGGCAUUGUGUUGAAUUUGUUAAAAGUUAUGGAAGUUGCAUUUGAAACACAGUUCUCCGAUAUGUAAACUUUCUAUUGUACACUGGUAGGGAGUUGUGGUAUUACUCCUCAUGCGCUAGUAUCCCAUUUGGAAUAGGAUUAGAGUUUUGUGCAUGAGAAUUAAAUGCUCUAUUAAUCAUCUUGUUAUGCAGCGUAGUAUUUAAUUUGAUAUCACCAGUCGGGAUUCAUAAAGUUUUCCCAGGCUUGCA